GUAGACGUGUAGGUCUACAUGAUUGAAUUUACAUACUGUAGACCUUCAGGUUCAGGCUUCACUUCCGUUCCUGUGUGAAAACGAAGCACAGGAUCCAACAGAUAAUCAUGGAGAACGCUUCUGCUGCGCGGUCUGAGGCCGCCGCCAAAGCGGACGGUAGUGAGGAAGCCACCCGCGGAGAGAUGAAAGCCUUCUGGGAAGAUCACUGCACGACCGCAUCGCUUGAAGACGUCAUGUUGGACUCUCAAGCCGCAGUUCUGAACGAGGCGGAGAAGCCAGAGAUUCGCAGCAUGCUGCCGGACCUGAAGGGACUCCGCGUUCUGGAGCUGGGAGCAGGCAUCGGGCGCUACAGUGGGUUUCUGGCGGAGGACGCAGCUCAUGUCACUUCGGUCGACUUCAUUCAGAAGUUUGUCGACAAGAACCGCGAAGUCAACGGCGAGAAGUACACCAACAUUGACUUUGUCUGCGGCGACGUGAUGAAGCUGGACUGGGAGGAGAACACGUACGACAUCAUCUUCUCAAACUGGCUUCUCAUGUACCUCAACGACGCUGAAGUACUCGGCCUGGCGGAGAAGAUGCUUCGAUGGACGAAACCCAGUGGACAUAUUUUCUUCAGGGAGUCAUGCAACCGUCCUUCGGGUGAUCGUAAGCGCAACACGGGCAACCCCACCAAGUACAGAGAUGCCAAGCACUACCACCAUGUGUUUGAGACCGUUCAGUACAAGCAGAACGACACGACGGCCUACUGCCUCGACUUGAACUUCUCGCGCUGCAUACGCUCCUAUCUACAGCUGAAGAAUAACCCGCAUCAGAUGUGCUGGAGCUGGCAGAAGGCCACAACGAUCCCUGUUGCCGAGACUGCAGACUGCUUUGGCUACCAGUCGAUGCGAGAGUUCCUUGACCAGCAGCAGUACUCCGAGAACGGCAUCCUUCGCUAUGAGAAGAUGUUCGGCAAAAACUACGUCAGCACCGGUGGCCCAGAGACAACAGCGGAGUUUGUCCCCAUGCUGAAGCUGCAGAAGGACGAGAAGGUACUGGAUGUCGGAUCAGGUCUGGGUGGCGGUGCGCUGUACAUGGCAGAGAACCAUGGCGUGGAUGUGCUGGGUCUGGAUCUCUCUACCAACAUGGUGCACAUUGCUCUGGCACGGGCGGUCAGCUGCUCAGCAGGAUCGGUGCUGUACGAAGUGUCAGAUUGCACCAAGCGUCAGUUCCCCGAUGAGUCGUUCGAUGUCAUCUACAGUCGUGACACCCUUCUUCACAUACCCAACAAAGGAGAGAUCUUCAAGACAUUCUUCCGCUGGCUGAAACCCGGUGGUCGUAUCCUGAUCUCUGACUACUGCUGCGGCGAGGGAGAGUGGAGCGAUAGCUUCAAGACGUACGUAGCCCAGAGGCACUACACACUGCACAGUGUCAAGCACUAUGGACAGCUCUUGCUUGAUGCUGGAUUUGUGGACGUUCUGGCGGACGACCGUAGUCGCCAGUUCUGCGAUGUUUUACUUCGUGAAAUCAAGAAAGCAUCAGAUGAGAGGUCAGAACUGUUCAAGGAGUUUUCUGAGAAUGACUACGAAGACCUCGUCACUGGCUGGAAGGCUAAGGUCGAGAGAGUCAAUGCUGGCGAUCAAUGCUGGGGCCUCUUCUUUGGACAAAAAUCAGCCUAAACACUACAGGCCCCAGCUGUGCCGCCAAAUUUACAGGCAAGCUAUUCUAUUGUUAAUUUGUUACAAAUAUCACAAUUGUAGGCUUUUGAGCUAGUUUCUAUUAAUUCCAGUACGACUAUUUUUUAGUUUCUCCCUGGCUGCGUUGCGGCCCAGUGUGGUACUAGUAGUCAACAUGAUUGCUUACCAGCGUUCAGCCUUCUCCCCUCUCUGCCCUCCCUCUCCACCCCCACCUGUAAAUCUUCGGUACUUUGCUUUCUGGCUGUAUACACUCGGGAUUCUGUUCCUUUACCCUUGUCCGUCGCGAGGGAGGCCUAUAUUCAGGAUCGUGCGCGUUGCGUAUCAAUGUAUACAACAUGCAGCACGCAUACUGUACGGCUGUUUCACUCACCUGUAACACUGCCUGGUGUAGUUGUCACUGACCACACAGUCCAGGAGAUUUGGCGCACACAGGGCCACUAACACCCACCCACCCACAAGCAGACAUAUGCACACAACCACGCAUUCGCCGACAACUUUGGAAUUAGGUAGGAAAUUGACUGUUAGAUUGCAGUACUUCUCAUUUCAUAGUUCAAAAACUUUUUUGUGCGUGCUUUCCGAGUCGCCACCCCAAUUUAUCCUAUGAUUAUUUUCCCAGUCAAUGUCCAGGAAGAGAUUCAUAGAUAUUUAUUUUCUGUCCCAUGAAAACAGUUGUAAUUUAUUCUCCAAAUUUUUAAUGUCCCGAAAAUAGUUAUAAUUAUUAUUUUCAUCCUGACAGAUAGCCAUUUGGCUGAUGAAUCUACAAUUUGAAUAACUCUA